AUGGACCGCUCGGUCGACAGUGUUUCGCGCAUUCUGGCGGCCUUUCCGUGGGUUAUUUCGGUGGGACUGUUACUAUUCCGGGCAGACUUAUCACAAGCUCACCGAUCCGAGCCGAGUGCUGCCGCCGCUGCCGGCAAGUGUGCAAAAACUUACUCCAGUGAUGUGCGUUGCGGUUUGCCAGUCCUGCAACCAUCAGCCCUUCCAAAACACCCGUCAGAGGCCAUUCGGGGAGAGUUUCCGUGGCAUGUCGCUAUCUAUCAUAAAGAAUCGGUGGGAUCAUUGUACAGCUGUGGUGGAUCGUUGAUUAGCGAUCGUUUCGUGCUAACUGUGGCUCACUGUACGGUCAACGAAAACAAUGACUAUCCGCUGAGUGCGGAGGUGUUUGAGUUGCUCCUUGGUUAUCAUGAUCUCGCCGAAACACAGGACCUUAGCUGCAGCGAACGAGUGGGUGUAAGGAGGAAUCAUGUGCAUCCCGACUACCGGACACAUAGCUAUCGUCAUGACCUCGCUCUGUUGGAACUGGAGCGCCAAGUUCGCUUCACCGAUCGUGUCCUGCCCGUCUGCCUUGAUACGGCCCGGGAAGAUCCGCCUAAUUUCUACCAGACGAUCGGCAAAGUGCCGGGCUGGGGAUACACCGAAGUCGAUGAGAUGUCCAGCUGGUUGCGUAUGACGGAGAUACCGAUCGUCAACUACGUACACUGUCUCAACAGUAAUCCCGAUCUGUUCGCCAAAAACAUGUACGACGGAAUGUUUUGCGGUGGUUACGCCAACGGGAGCAACGUCUGCAAUGGAGACUCGGGUGGUGGGCUCGUAACCUACCACCAGGGUCUCUGGGAACUGCAGGGGAUCGUCUCCUACACGGCACUCCGCGAUGUGAACGAAAACAUCUGUGACACACGGCAGUACGCAGCUUACGUGAAGGUGCGCCACUACAGGGAGUGGAUCGGAAGCAUCUGCCAGAGGCCCAGUCCGGAUCCGGCAAAGAGUGAAAAGCUUACGAUGCCACCGGCUAAGACAGCCGAAGCCGUUGCCCAGCCGGAAAGGAACUGUGGAAAACGGAAGAUCACCGCACAGCCCUUGAUUGUCAACGGGGUCCGUAGUUUGUCGGGCGAGUGGCCAUGGCAUGCCGGCGUCUUUGCGCUGUCGAAGCGCUCCCGGGAGUACGUUUGCGGUGGAACGCUGAUCAGCGAGGGGUACAUUCUGACGGCAGCGAGCUGCGUACGCGAUUGGCACCACCGGAAGCGUCCGUUUGUGGUGCAGCUCGGUCAGAACCAGCUGUUCGAUGGAGCGACAACAGCGCGCGAUGUGCGCGUUCUAGCGGUCGAGACGAGUGACGACAGUCCGAUGGCCCUUUUAAGGCUUGAGACGGACGUACGGUUCAAUGAUUUUAUUCAACCGAUCUGUCUUCCGGUUGACCGGGAAUCGUCUGGGGAGGAGGGCGGUGAUCGGAGUGGUUUCAUUGCCGGCUUUGGUCAGACGGACCCGGAAGGAGAUGUGUCUCCUACUUUGCAAUCAACCAGCAUGCCCAUCGUGGACAAUAAUUUGUGUAUCCUGUAUCGCAUCUUUGAGCAGCGUCAAGCGAAUGGUAUGCUGUGUGCCGGUCACGGUAAUGGCACAAACGCUUGCCUCGGUGAUCAGGGUGGAGGAUUCUACGAACGGGACGAAACGGGAACCUGGACCGUCACCGGGGUCAUCAGCAAGAUCAACAUUUACCGGAAACGGUGCGAUCCGCAUGGGUAUGUGGCGAUCGCCGAUGUGAUGCACUACCUCUCGUGGAUCAUGGAGCAAAUGGGCGACCGCGAGCAGCCCGGCCGACGUGAGGAAGGACCUUCCAGUAAUUCCAAGGAAUCUCGGGGAAAGCAUCACCACCGGCACCACCAUCGUCAUCUCCACCGUCAUCGCAAUGGGUCAGGAGAGAGUGGAUCGCGCGAGGGAAGCAACGAAAGUAACGAGCGAUCGAUUGUGUCAUCGGUGAAGAACGUAAUGCAGGCAAAGAUCGAUCUGGUGAAGGAUGUGCAUGGGGCGGCCAGCUCGACCAUUAAAAAGAUUUUCGGAUAGU